UACAGAUUCCGUUUUUUAUGAUAUCUGUCAGUGUCAGAUUGGUGUCAGAUGGGUGUCAGAUGUUUUAUAUAAUUUAGGUUAAUCGGAUAUUUAUUCAAGAAAGAAUAAGUUAAAAGAGUAGACAAACAAUCUUAAAAUGACUGAAUUUAAACAAGACAUGCCCCCACAGGGUGGAUAUAAACCGAUUAGCUUUAAAAGAGUUCCACCUCUGAGCUAUUUCAACGGAUAUGCCAUAUUCGGGAUAUACAUUGGAGUGACUGCGGGGUCUGCAUUCCUUUAUCAUCUCAAUGUUAAGGCAGUAGCUCGACGAGAACUGGAAACUAAAGGCGCCAGUUUGGCCAUUUAUCCUCUUUUGCUGGCCGAAAGGGAUAGGUCUUAUUUGAAGCAGCUGAGGCGGAAUAGAGAGGAAGAGGCCGACUUGAUGAAGAAUGUACCUGGCUGGAAGGUGGGAACGUGGUACGGAGAACCAAUUUACAAGACUCAGAAGGAUGACACAUGGAACGAUCCUAGCUAUUAUGAAUACUUUGUUCACGCUAAAUACAGCGAUGUCGCUAAGAGAGGCGAUAUCUCUUUCAUUUCUUAAGAAGGAUGUUUUUACCUAUCUUGUAGGAUGUUUUAUGAGAUAAUUUCUAAUUAAAUAUUGUAUAUACCUUUUC